UUCCAUCAUGGCGCCGCCCUGUCAGAGUCUUGCUGUACUUCACUGCUGGGCUGUAUUUUUGCAGGUCUUUACAAGAUAACACAAGAUAAGUGUGUUCUAACACUCGUAUCAUGCCUCUUGACAAUUUUUCUGAUUACUCAGGGUAAUAAAUCGAGGUGGUUUUGAACUUGAUCGGUAUACGCAACGUUGGUACUGAAACACAGUGUCAUUGCUACGUGUACAUUUAGCGUAGAAAUAAUCAUUUUUGCUAGAACUGAAAUCUAAAAAGAUAUUCAAUCUUAACGUUAAUGUAAACUACAAGGCUUUAAACUAUGGCAUUCGGACUGAAUUUAGGGCUCUCAUUCAUGACCCGUAAAUUUUCCAGAAAGUGUUUCAUGUGUUUUGAAAGACAUAAUGUGGUUCAAGUUAAACCAUUUCUUUCUGGACUGAGGAGCUUUGCAUCUGACCAAGACGAUUCCAAACGAGACAGCAGAAGCUCAGACGCAUCAGUGACACCUGCCUUCACCUCCCCAUCGUUCUCUCAUAGAGCUUCUUUGUUUGGGAGGCGUAGACCUUUGUCCCCACUUGAGAGGGUGAGUCAGCUGCUACCUGAAGACACUUUGAGCCAGGAGGUUUGGGAUCUGCGAGACACGAGAAACUCAGAGGUGGGACGUCUAGAGAGAAACACAGAAAAUGAUGUGAAACAGAACUGUCAAAAUGAGAGGCUGGAGAAAGAAGAGGCAGCUUCUCAUGAACAGGCAACAGCACAUGCAUGUGUGUCUGGGGAAAAGCCGAUAAGCUUCGGAGAAACUCUGCUUGCCGAAUAUCGUCGAAAUAGGCGCAUGGAGUUUCGGAAAAUGUUCCAGCUCAAGGAGGGCCUGAAGAUCCAUAGCAACUGGGGACUAAUAGCUCAUGAGGACAUUGAGGGGCGUCCCACUGGGAGGAUCUUACACACUUCAAUGGGAAUCCCAAUUCUCAUUCGACGACCCAGUCUAGAGGAAUUUACUCUCUUCAUGAAGAGAGGGCCAGCUAUUGCAUAUCCUAAGGAUGCAAGUGCAAUGUUGACCAUGAUGGACGUCACUGAAGGAGAUUGUGUCCUCGACUCAGGCUCCGGAUCUGGAGCUAUGAGCCUUUUCUUGUCCAGGGCAGUGGGUUGUAAGGGAAGUGUUUUGAGUAUGGAGAUAAGGGAGGACCAUCACAGACGUGCUGUAUUGAACUACCAGCGUUGGCGCUCUUCGUGGAGCAUUCGGCAAGGAGAAAAAUGGCCUGAUAAUGUCCACUUUUACCAUGGAGACCUCAUAUCUGCUGGUUCUCUUCUGUCUGGGCGAGGUUUUAACUCAGUUGCCUUGGAUAUGAUUAAUCCCCAUUUAGCUUUACCUGCUGUGGUUCCUCACCUCCAUUCUGGAUCUGUGUGUGCUGUUUAUCAAGCAAAUAUCACGCAGGUCAUUGAUCUAAUGGAGGGUCUGCGAUGCUCUGCUCUUCCACUGGUGUGUGAACGCAUUAUUGAGGUUCAGUACAGGGAUUGGCUUGUUUCCCCCUCACUCAAAAAAGAUGGCACAUUUAACAGACGAAAAGCCCCCUGUGGAGAUGAUGAUGAAUCUGAACCCAGUGAAGACACAGAAGAUCUGACACCAUUUGGGGAUGUCCCAUACAUUGCACGGCCGCAUCCUGAACAGACUAGCCAUACAGCGUUCCUUGUAAAAUUACGAAAGAUCUUGAAAUAGAAGCCAAGAUCAUCCCAACACUGUGUCCCAUAGGCUUUAUCAAGAACUUUUGCAAUAAAAUGUUUGCUUCAAUACAUUUUUCUUCUUUGAGCAUUUCAACUGAAACAUAAA